AUGAUCAUCCCCAAGCAGUGCUCUGGUGACCUGAUUUUGGUCAAUCUCACAGAGGCACAGGCUGGUCAAAUUCGGAAUCAGAUUGCCGAAGGCCAGGUGAACAGGAGUCUUUAUCAUGGUGCAAUCAUCUCUAUCUUUCCUAUUUUAUUAUACUUCUGGAAGAGAUAUUGUAACUGGAAGGCAAUGAAGGGCUUCAAAAAACUAAAGAAAGAAAAACCGGCAGGUUCUCCUACAUCACCACCAGCUUCCACAAAACCAGCUAGGAAACUCAGUAGCUACUACAGUGGAGAAGACCACCCCAUCAUCAGGUUUACCAUCCUAAAAGGAAUCCAGUUGUUGCUGCCUCAGCCUAAGUAUGAAAUGGAUGAAAUGCCUGGAGAGAAUGCUUCAUUUGCAAGUGUAGCCCCAUUUAGAAAGACGUCGUCUGUUAUCUAUGCAUCACAGAGGCGAGGAUCAUCACAUAUAGAUUUUGCCAAAAAAAUGUCAUUAUCACAGAUCAUGUAAUCUUCCUUUUCUGGACACAAUGGAAAGGAUUACUAUGCCAUCAGCUUCUCACCAGAGGAAAAACUCUGCUGCAGGUCAGUACAACUGCAGAAAGCCCCAGGUCAGAUGGAAAAGGUUCUUUGUGUUGCAUAAUAAAAGUA